CGGCAAAUUUCUCUCUCUAGAGUUACGAGAUUCUCGCGAUACACAAAUCUUUUUUCUCUCUCACCUCAAUCUCUGAAUAUCAUCGAAACCCUUGAGAAUUUAAUUUGUAUAAAAAACUUUUCAAAAUUCUUGAUUCAAAUUUGUAUAUAUCAACCUCGUAUUCUUUGUAUUAUAAAUUGUCAAUAGAAAUUCUUUGAUUUUUUUCCUAUAAUUUUGUUGGUCAUAGAUAUAGGUAGAAACAACUGUAGAGAAAAAAGAAAAAAAAGAGAACACACGCAACAAAGGAGUUUUUUGAGGGAUUUUGUUGUGUGAUGUAGUUGAACCUGUAUGCAUACCGCCGCUUUUGAAUUAUUUCGGCAAGUAGUGACUAGUGGUUGUGAUAAAUGUGAAGAAGCGAAAUAACAAGUGCAGUCGAACCAUCUUUAAUUUUUUUUGUUUCGAUUUGCAUGAUUAUUGGAUGGAUUUUGAGGUGUAAACCGUUGAAGCAGACACCUGUAAGUCGAGGGCUUUGAUCAUCACUGUGAGUUUUAAUUUUCAUUGCUGGAGGUUGUGAUCAUUAGAGUGGUUGAGCAUCUAUGCGCGGUUUUUUUGUUGUGGGGAUUGGCUUUCUUUCAUUUGGGGAUGAGGAAUGAUAGCCAGAAAAGUGGUGAUGGUGGAUCAGUGGUGCCGCGGGGUAGAGUUAAUAACGGGAUACUUCCCAAUUUUAGGACCUUUUCGAGCUACCUUAAGAUUGUUUCUUCUGGUGCCUCUACCGUUGCUUCCACUGUGAGGUCUGCUGCAUCUGCAGCUUCAGCCAUUGUGGAGAGGGAGAGGGAGAGGGAUGGUGACACCAACCAUGAUCAGGUUUCCUGGGCCGGGUUUGACAAACUAGAGCUCGAAAAAGAUAAUUCACGCCGAGUGCUCUUGCUGGGCUUCAGUUAUAGAUUUCAGAUCUGGGAUGUUGAAGAUGGUGAUAAUGUGCAUAAUAUAGUUUCAAGGCAUGAUGGCCCUGUUUCAUUUAUGCAAGUGCUACCAAAACCUCUAGCGUCAAACCAACCUGGGGACAAAUUUGCGGACAGUCGCCCAUUGCUAGUUAUUUGUACUGAUGGAUCCUUCUCUGGAGAUAUUAAAGUUCAUGACAGAUCAGCUCCUAGUAAUGAGAUGGGCCAACAAUGCAAUGGUUCAGUUAAUGGUACUUGUAUCCCAACGGUGGUUUGCUUUUAUUCCUUCAAAUCUCGGUCGUAUGUACAUCUCUUAAGAUUUCGGUCUGUCGUCCAUUUACUGCGAUGCAGUUCUCGUGUUAUUGCUGUCUUACAAUCAAAUCAGAUACAUUGUCUUAAUGCUUCUUCACUUGAGAGAGAAUAUACAGUUCUUACAAAUCCAGUGCCAACUGUAUCUGGAAAUAUAGGUGUUGGACCACUUGCUGUGGGACCCCGGUGGAUAGCUUACAGUGGGAGCCAAGUUGCAAUUUCCAGUGCUCGCCGUGUGAGUCCUCAACAUGUAACUCCUUCACCAAGUUUACUUUCUCACUCCUCAAGUGGAAGUCUUGUUGGACAUCUUGCGCGAGAGUCAAGCAAACAGCUUGCUGCUGGUAUUGUUACUUUGGGUGAUAUGGGGUAUAAGAAGCUAUCAAGGUACUAUUCUGAGCUGUAUCCUGAAACCAACAAUUUUCAAUCAGGGAGUGGUCGUCUGAAGGUCAACGGCAUUGCUGAUGGACAUUCACCUGAUGAUGACAAUGUUGGGAUGGUGGUCGUCAGAGAUAUUGUCAACAAAGAUGUAAUAGCCCAGUUCAAGGCACAUAAAAGCCCCAUUUCGUCGUUGUGCUUUGAUCCAAGUGGUCUUCACUUAGUGACUGCCUCAGUUCAGGGUCACAACAUUAAUGUCUUUCGGAUUAUGCCUGGCUCAUCUGGAGCUGCUUCUCAUGUCCAUCUUUAUAGGCUGCAACGUGGUCUGACCAACGCUGUUAUACAGGACAUAAGUUUUAGUAGUGACAGCCAAUGGAUUGUGAUCAGUUCCUUAAGAGGGACAAGUCAUAUUUUUGCUAUCUCUCUCUCAGGGGGAUUAGUUAGUUUGCGGUCUACUGAUUCUUAUUCUAGUGCAAGAAACAGGGUAUCUAGCUUGAUGACAAAGCCUGCAGUUCAUGGAUCACCAAAUUCAGGAUUGCAGGUGCUGACUCAACAAACCAUCUGUGCAUCAGGUCCCCCAGUUAACCUUAAUGCUGUCAGCCGAAUAAGAAAUGGAAGUAAUGGUUGGAGAAAUACAGUAAGCGGUGCUGCUGCAGCUGCAACUGGGCGGUCUAGCUCACUAUCUGGUGCAGUCGCAUCUGUUUUCCACAACUGCAAGGACGAUGGUAUCUAUGGAGACCAGAGUUUGCUGAUGAAAAAUUAUUACAUGCUUGUUUUCUCUCCAUCUGGAUGUGUGAUACAGUAUGUUCUGCACUUUUGUCCUACUCUGGAUGGCGCGAUGGCUUCGCCUGGAGCAAGUCUCACUUCUGAAUCUGGUAUUGAUAAUGAUGCAAGAGUGAUGGUUGAGGCAAUGCAGAAAUGGAAUAUUUGUCAAAAACAUAACCGAAAGGAACAUGGAGAUAACAUUGACAUGCAUGGUGAAAAUGGGAACUCAGAUAGCAGUAAAGUAUAUCCGGAAAUAACGAAACAUGAAAAUGGCGCAUUUUCUAAAUUUUCUUGUUCAACAAAAAAUAAAAAUAUAAUUUCUGAAGAAAAACAUCAUAUGUAUAUAUCUGAAGCGGAACUUCAAAUGCAUCAAAAGCAGAACCUGGUGUGGACCAGACCUGGGCAGAUUUAUUUUCAGUCGAUGCAGAAUGUUGAUCUAGCUGAAGGUGAUCAUGGUGGAGAAAUUGAAAUCGAAAGAUUCCCUGUUCGUAUGCUUGGAGCAAGGUCAAAAGACUUAGUUCCAGUUUACGAUUAUCUUCAAAAUUCCAAAGUUCAACGCGGGGGGAGGAUUUCUACGAGUAGUCUAGACAUUAAUGGCCACUUUCAGCCUCAGGCAUCUAAUUCCUUCGAGUAUGGGACGACUCCUGGCAGGCAUCUUUUGGGUUCUCUUGAUUCUAUUACCAACUGUGGGUCUGGAAGGGAGAAUGAAUCAGACAAUGGUCUCGAAGCAAACGGUGAAGAUGGUCUCCAGAUGUUAAUUGAAUCUAGCAGGGGACAUGUAAAUAACAAUGAUACCCCAACAACUGACACCGAGCAAGAGGAGACUGUAUAUACUAGAGCAAACACUGAGGGGGAUAGCCAACUUGGAUCUGUAAAUAAUAUAGAUGGCUUGAACAUGAAAAACCAGUUUGAAGAAGAUGACGGGUUUUACUGAGGUAAUUCCUCCAGUCCUGCCCAGCAUCAGGUGUGGUGAUAUUCUUUUAUUAUCUCAAAAAAAUGGUUGUGGGCGGAAUAGACAUAUACAGUGAGAAGCAAACACUAGAUGUUUUGAAUUGAUUGUGGAAGUGUGCACCUUUUGUCAUUUUACAUUCUGUGACAGCAGAUGUGAAGAAAAUUUAUCAGGUCAUAAUCUCAAUAAUAGCCGCCUGCUAAAAUAUGCAUGUAUACUUCAUGUUUGCAAUGUAUUGCUAUCUUCUCUAUUUCGUAUUUUCGUUCAUAUGAAAAUAUUAAGGAAUUUAAUUCA